AAAAAAUAAUAUAACAUAACAUAUAUGCUAAAGUGCCAUUGUGGACAGUGUGCUAAUUCAGCUGGUCGGGUAAGGGCACGAGUCACAGUCCAUUUAUAAUCCUGCCUGCUGGGUUCAGCAUCACCUAUUUGAUUUGGCACGGAGGCUCCUGUACCUGAUGGCAGAAGGGACAUCAAGCCAUGUGGGAAAGGUGAUGGAUCUUGCUGUGAGACUGAGGUUAGUGUUGCUUUGUAAACACAUGCAGAACCAAAGUCAAUGGAGAGAAGCAUUUUCAUGUCUGUCUUAUGAUAGUUAUGAUCGAUAGGGAUGUGAUGAAUAUAUCAGUACCUCUAACGACCACAUUUAAAAAAAAAACCUGAACUAUCCCUGAAAUGUAUGAUGUUGUUGUUAUUAUUAUAUACAUUUGCCAUGUUAGAGCUUGUUUGUGGCACUUGUGGAGAAGUACACCGAGUAACGUCUAAUUAUAGACAACCGGAUCUACAUAGAAAAGAUUAGGGGUGAUUAUCCUCCCUCUCUCCUUUUCAGCUGUAGCCUACAGUGAAACAGUAGAUGUCCCCUUAAUGCAUUUUUAACAGCUCAGCAGGCGAUGGGAACAGUUGCUCGGGACUGUUUGUCUACAAACAGAGCAAAGGAGCAGCUAUGAAUAAAAUUUUCCUGCAGAAAAAAAAGGACAACACUUUUUAUGACCACACCCUGCUGCUCCCACCUGCACGUGAAGAAAAAUAUCCAGGGGUUGAAUCUUCCUUUGUCUGUGGUGCAAGAACAACUUGCAUUUCUUUGUGGAAUCUUCUUGUAUCUGCUCCGGGUCCCUGCUACCGCACACGUGUGAGGUUUUGCCAGUAGAAUAGGAUGCCUGGAGCCAGUGCUGUCAACGUGGACGGGUCCUGUGAGACCCUGUGUCGAACCUUGGUGUCUCAGAACGGUCUUCAGAGAGAGACGGCUGACAUCUCCCAGUCUGUCCUCUACACCUCACUGAUGGGUCUGCUCCUGGUUGCUGACAAGAAAGAACAGCCGACCAUAGGAAGUGGGAGAAUCGGCCUUAGAAACAUAGGAAACACAUGUUUCCUGAACGCAGUGGUCCAGUGUUUGUCUCACACUCACGCCCUGCGGGACUACUGCCUCCUCAAGUCCUACAGGCAUGAGAAGUUUUCCACAGAGGAGGCUAAGCUCAUGGAAGCUUUCUCUCAGGUGCUCUCAGGCCUCUGGGACGUCAACGAGGAAACCGUUGUAAAUCCUCGACAGUUGUACAACAUUUUCAAAGAAGUGGUGCCUUAUUUCAGUGGUUACAGUCAACAAGAUGCUCAGGAGUUCCUCAGGUUCCUCUUAGACAAACUUCACUCAGAAAUCAACCGCAGACCCAGUAUCCGACAAACGGGGAAGGAGCUGGAACAAAAAUAUGCCAGAAUUAGACUUUCAGAGGAGGCAGCCAUGUGGAAGAAGCACUUGGAGAGAGACGACAGCAGGAUAGUAGAUUUGUUCUCGGGACAGCUGCAGAGUUCAUUGCAUUGCUCAGUGUGCUCACACUAUUCCAACACGUUUGAUGUCUUCUGUGAUCUGUCGCUGCCCAUUCCCAAGAGGAAUUCUGCAAGCCAGGUGACACUGAAGGAGUGUCUGGACCACUUCACUCAGGAGGAGAAACUAGACAAGGAGAACUCACCUUGUGUGUGUGUGUUUCAGAUGUGUGAGAGGUGUAACAGACACACAGAAUGCACCAAGCGGCUGUCCAUCCACAGGUUUCCCCAAAUUAUUGUGAUGCAUCUGAAUCGUUUUACAACAUCCCGGUGGUCGAUCAGUAAAAGCACAGUCUUCGUAUCCUUCCCACUCACACACUUGGAUCUUGGACCGUACGGACCUGUCGACUGUGGCCCAGUUCUGUAUGAUUUGUACGCAAUAUGCAACCAUGCUGGUUCAGUCAAUAUGGGCCACUACACCGCCUGCUGUUCAGAUGAGAAUGGCUGGUGCUUCUACAACGAUUCCAGUGUGACUCCAGUUUCUGAGAACCAGCUUCAGACCAAUCAAGCCUACGUGCUGUUCUACCAGCGCAGCAACAGCACUGCCACCAUCAGGAAAUAGAGCUGAGACUGGCUGAAUCGAGCAGCCAAUCACGGCGACUUUACUUCAAGUAUCCAUAGAAACAAACAGAAGCAGCAGUGGCUGUAACUCUGACAUCUGUGAACUUCUCAAUCACAGUGAGUGUGUCCUGAAAUAAUGCUUGAGGAGGAGGAAGAGGCGAGGAGCCCCACUCAUUUUUAAAUGGAGGAAGAUUCUUCUCAACAGUCUUAGCCCAGACUGGAGCCUGAAGAGUCAUGGUGCCCUCAUUCUCAGGCAGGAGUGACAGAGCUGUGUGCACAUGAUGCACAUGCUGCAGAGCUCUUAUUAUUAUGUAGUAUGUACUUAUUAUACUUAAAUAUCUUUUUUUUUAUCCUGACCUCCUGACCUCGUUGCAUAAUACAUGUGACAAAGAAAUGGGAAAAUGUGAAUUAAAGGGCUACAUUCUAAUGUUUAAAAGUUAAUAAAGAACAAUGUAGACUGAUUCUACUAUAAAUGAACUUCAGGGCAACAUGGGUAUGGGUUUGGUUUUAUUCAGAGAAUGGAUCAAUAUAAGUGCAGUAUUGGAAAUUGGCCUGUUACUUAAUAAUGGUUCAGUUAUUGUAAAUUAUUUGUCACCGUUGUUUUUUUGUACUUUUCAUAUGCAAUAAACAAUCCAACUACAUUAGUA